UAAAAUUCAAGAUGGCGGACAAACUUGAAAUUUCUGCGCUUACUGCAGACGAAUUACUGGCAGAAUUGCGGGCAUUCGGCCUCAAAACAGGCCCAAUUACUCCCACGACAAGAAACAUCUUCGAAAAAAAGUUAGCAAAGGCACGUGGCGAGAAGUUAAAUCCCGACAUAGAAGAAAUUCGUGUUAUUUCUUGUGAUGAAGAUGUUGAUUCGCAGCUUCCCUCCACAGAUACAACAGACUUUAUAUCAACUGAAAAUCAAGGGAAGAACUCUCAUUCCAGCAGCGCCUCCUUCUAUUAUGGCGUAUCUUUUGAUAGGAAUAGUAUCGACGAAAGCGCAACUCGUGUACCAACCGUUUACACUACGAAACAUGACGCAUUAGAAGCUGUAAAGAAACUGAAAGAUAAAGCGGCAAGGUUCAAACCUUUCAAAACUAGACACGAAGCAGAGGUAUUUUCGUUAUCAUCUGGUUUAAACGCAUCCAACGGCUCUUUAUCUAGUGUUCCAAAAGUAACAGACCCUGCGAGUUCAUUCAAGAACCCGAAGCCGCAAGAACUCGUAAAGUUUCGUAAAAUAAUCGAAAAGGGCAGUUCACAGGAGUUUUUAGAUUUCAUCAAUAGUAACCCAAAGUAUCUGAUAAGUUCUGGAGAUACUCCAGUUAUACUACAAGAAGGAUUUCGAUACAAUGCUAUGCAUGUAGCAGCAAAAGAGAACAAGCCAAACAUUUGUAAGUUAAUCGUUGAAACCUUGGAAAGCGAUGAGUUUUGGAAGAAAUAUUUGUCAGUUGACAAGAACACUGUUUCACAAACGAGCUUUGAAAGAAAACAAGUAUUGGUAGAUUUGUAUCUGAAUACGCCAGAUAAAGGGAAUUUUGAGACACCAUUGCAUUUUGCUUGUAAAUUUGGCCACAUUGAUGUGGUAGAAUACUUAGUAAGUCAUCCAUUGACAAACGUUGGUCCAAGAAACAAGUAUGGAGAUACGCCCAAUCAGGUUGCUUGCUCAAGGUGUACCUCACAAACCAGUGUUAUUCAAGUUAAAAAUCAUAUCAAACAUUUAUUGGAAGAUAACUAUUAUGUACCCGUGUUUGGCUCAGAGGGAGAUGCCACACCUCCAAGAAUUGGGGAACCGUGGUCUCCAGACUUCCACAGCAAAGGAAAAAGAACUCCAUCUUAUUCUUCUUCUGGGUUACAUAGUCCCGUUGAUCCCAGAGUAACUGUUAAGGCAUAUGCUGGGCCAAUGUCACCCAAACAGGCAUUUGACUUCCACCUUAAAUGGAAGACCCCGCCAUCCAACCCAGAAGAGAGAAGAAAAUAUGCGGACAUCAAGAGAGGUGACUGCACACGUGGUUUGGAAAGAAUUGGAAGGAGUCUUGCUCACUCACGAGAAAUUCCCUGGGUAGAAUACUGGGAUUUUCUCGGAUGCUACAUUGAUCUAGCUACACCUUCCGGCUUGGAAGUUCUCGAACAAUAUUUUUCCUCCAAACUAAGUAAAGUCGUUUCUGAAAAUGUAUCACCUACACCAAGCAAACAAGUUACAAUUACAAACUCCUAUUCUACUCCGGCUACUGGUAAAAGUGAUGUCAAUGAUGUUUUUUUAAGUGAUACUGAAGAAAGUCCACUAAAUAUGACGAAAAGAAUUGCUAUUCCUGAUGACACCUCGCCAACAUUUCAACAGCAGAGAACAACCAAUGUAAACACAAAAUCUCCAUUAUCACCACAAACAGAUAUAAAUAGCGUGUCACAGGGAGAAGAUGAGGUUAGUGACAAAACAGAAUCACUGACUCUUGACUUUAAGAAACUUUUCGUCAGCCCAGACAGCAAGGAAGAAGAACUUACAAAUGCUUCCUUGUCUGAAACACCAAAUAUGAAAACCUCGUUAAAGUCGCCUGGUGAUGACAAGGGGGAAAAGGAUUUCAUCUUGUGUAAGAAAAAUCUUUUUGACGAGUUAAACAAGGCGAAUGAAGUGGAUCUAGUCGAUAUGAGAAUACAAACACACUACGUUAGGAAGUCUAGUGAGGAAGACCUAGAAAUAUCGUGCAAAGAAAAGGACAAAUUGAUGCCGCCAACUGUAGACCCAAAGCAUCUAGAAAACACAGCAAAUGUUAAAAACAGUAGUAUCUCACCGGUAGAAUCACCUGAAGACGUGCUGUCAAAACAAGUUGAGAGACUUCAAAUUGAUUCUACUGAAAACGAAAAUACCUCAAGUCUAAAAAAUGAAGCUUCUCUCAAAACGUCAUCCACUUCUUCAGCGAAUAACGCCAAGGGAUCGCAAUCUAGUUCUAAUUUUGGCAGUCCAGAGGAAUGUAAGUCCUUAUCAUUGCCAGAUGGAGGACGUUCUGCGACUAACCAAGGCAGACAAAAGAAAAUGGUGAUUUUUAUCCAGGGUUUUUACCCCAGUAAGCUUGACUUAGAUGUACUACGAGCACUUAAUGGCGUGACCAUUUUUUGUGACAAAUAUCCACAUGUGUCACGAUGGCGUGACUUGGUCAUGUCGUACUCAUCCACUGUCAGAGAGAGUUGGCCGAGUCCAGGUUCUCCCUUAAACAGGAAAAGACACAAGUCAAUGCUAGCGUGGAGCUGUUGAUUUUUAAUUUAUGCUUAUUCAUCAUUUGCGUUUUGAAACAAGACGAUACGGUUACUGCAGUUUUCAUAAAGAUGCGAACUCUAAAUCUGCGAGCUGCACGCUGAAAUUUAGUUUUUCGCUGCCGUCAAUCAAACCUAAUCAGUCAGUACCUUUCAUAUUUUUGGCAAUGUAUCGGAUAUAAAUCGACCAAAAAAUUCAAAUUUAUCUUUUCUAUUCCCUUAUUUCGUAUAACUGCAGAAUGCCCCGCAAAUAUGCCCGUCGUUAAUAGCAACGACUUCUAUUGUUGUAUGGCUCGUUUUACAAAGAGUUUUGACAACUGCAUAUCAUUUGCGGGUUAUUCUGUAGUUGCCCGCUUAUUUCCCUUCGUUUUAAUCCUGUUACAAUUUAAAGAUCCAUAGCAGCUUUAAAGACCAGAAAAUCCUGCCGACCUUCCAGGUACUUUAAGAUAACUCUCUAGCCUUUGUCCUUCUACAAGCCGGUGUUUCAUGUCCCUACCAGUUCUGCAUUGAUUAUGGAUGAUAUAUAAAAUAGAACAAGGAUUUUUGAAUCGAAAAUGUCCAUAUGUCUCUAGCAUGUAAAUGAAAACAUUCUCGGCGCCUGCAAGAUUGGGCCUGUAGUUCAUUUUCGAAAGUACUUCAUCAGGAAGCGGACGUACUAAAUGCAUAACAAAGGCAUCAUGAGAACCUCGAAAUGGGGUAUCACAAAAAUCCUCGAGUCCAGGACAAGCCUUCAUCUGUUCUCUGUCUUCGUGUCUUGUUAAUGCGUAAAUCGUUCCUUGCUUCAAAAUGUUUGGAUCUAGUCGUUCGAAUCCCUUCCCAAUGUAGAUAUCAGCAUGCAUUAUAAUGCAGGUUUCGAAAAGCAGUUGUUUGGACACGUAAGCCAAGGAGUCGCUAUAAAGCAAUUGAUGACCAA